AUGAAACACGACCGUACCGUCUGGCUGGAUCGUGCCCACUCGAUCGAACCUUUUGACUGCGAACUCUUUUCCGACUUCAGGAUCCACAUAAACCUGGCUUUGGGCACAACGGAACUGGAGGGGAAGGAUCGAACUGUCUCUUCUCGGCGAGUGGAGAAAUUUGCACACCAACAGCUUGGUGUUCAUUCCAAGCUGGUACAUAUUUACAGCGCCCCGAUUACGGGUACCAGCUCAAGGGGCCGCGGCGAAUACCCGAAUACCACUCAAGAAACCAAGCUAAAAGCAAACUCAGAAGUAGACCUCCACUUUCUGCAGGGUCCGGGUUCCUCGCAUGGCAUCUUUUUGGACUCAUUGACCUUUUAUGCUCAGCACGCACUUAUUAUACCGCAAGCGCCUGCGCCACGAAUCACGUCGCCAUCCGGUCCCAGCCUAUCAACAGCCCCGGGUGAACACCAUAUGCUCCGCCGUUGA